AUGGCCAAUGCACAUUUCCGUCUCCACCAACCAAACCCCCCACCAGAGCAACUCUCUUCAUUUGUCCAUUUCCUCCAGCACGAGAACACACCCAGUUCUUCCUGCCCACUCGUACUCAUCCACGCAUGGUCUGUCGCCCCUCUGCCAAGCUCCACUGGGUGCUGUUGUCCCCGCGCUGACCUGGCCACCCUGGGCUCCGAGCGAGGCCCCGCUGGUGUUCGAAAUAGCGAACCCGCCAGCCUGGCGAAAGGUGAAGAUCGCAGGGUCUGGGUCUCGCAGGGUCUGGGUCUGGGUCUCGGUAAUGUGAUUUGCUUCGAAUUGAAUUUAUUUGGGUUGGGCUUUGGCUUUGAGAUUGCCUCGUCGUUGGGUUGGGCGGCCGUGUCGUUAAGUCUCACGAACGUGUUUGGACCUGGACAAUCCUCCUGGAGGAGCAACUUGCAGGACCUUGGGAUGAGGAUCUACAAGUCCAUCCUCUCAUGGUCUACGGUACGGCCAGCCAGGCCCGGGCCUGGCGCCUCUUCGCCUCACGCCGCGAUGUCCUGA